AUGGCGACGACGAAGCCAAGCUCGACGGCCGGCGAGGGUGGAGGGCGAGGAACAGGGGUGGAAAAGCGAUGGCACCCUGCUUCCACACGCCAUUCUGGACCUGGUACAACCCCUUACCGCCGUGAGGCUGUGGAUGACUCUGAUGCUGGCGGAGAAGGGUCUACGAAGAUAUUUUCGCACAUCUCGAAGGGGGGUCGAUUUUCCGAUCGUGGAGAGCGAGAGGGAACGUCGAUCGUCCUUCUCCCGGAAGCCGGCCCUGGUUGCCGAGCCUUGGUUCCCUACACUGCAAGCCCGGCGAGGUCAAGACUGCCGCUUCCAGCCCACCCUCCCCUGCUGGCGUUGCCGCCCUCGCUAGGGUGUGACGCUCCUUCUCUGUAUUCGUCGUGUUCUCUGUCCUCCUGUAACAGCUCUUCUUCCUCUCCCAACGGCUCUUUCAAGGGGGGUGCGGCUCGCCGUGUGGACAUCCCGCUCGAGGUGUUUCCCAUCGCUUUCCAGUACAUGGACGCGUUGACCUUGUGCACGGUGUCGAGCGUCUCUCGAGAGUGGAAAAAGCAGGGGAAUGACGAUCAGUACUGGAGACACCUGUGCCGUGCUAGGUUCAAUGUGAUCCCCGACGCCUUCGCUCCCCCUCCGGACCCCAUCAAGCGGCUCUACCAGCUCCAGCACGGGUCGUUUAAAGCCAUGUGUAGAGGAGACCGUCGGCAUGGGCUCCAUUCCGGCGCCCCCCCGGUCAUCCCUAGGCACACGUCAGCGCAGCUGCUGGUGGGACUCUUGGCGUCCAACAUUGCGUAA